GAUAAGAUAAGACAUUUUUCGAACCUCCAAACUUUCCAAGCUCUACCUUGAGAGAGUCACCUUGACGCGACGACGCAACAACCACAUUCCCACGCCAUUGCACACGCAUCAUGUCCAGCAAUGUCGGCAGCAGGUCCUAACUCGAAACCUUUAAAGUCCGCCUUCGCCAACAAACGAAAACAGGGAUCCUCAGGCGACAAUGGCGGAGGGAACAACGGUGCCGGCGGCGGAGGAGGAUGGGCGCAGAAGCGCGUCAAGAUCCGCCAGGACCGCGAAAUCGCAGCGCAGUCCUCGGACGCGGCCCUCCGCGACGGCGAGCUCGACCUCCAGUCCUUCCUGAACGCGCGCGAGUUUGAGAUCCGGGCGCUCGAGGAGAGCAUGCGACACACCAAAGCCGAGGCAACGAGCCGGGCCUUCCAGCAGGUGCCCCGAGGGCUGAGGCGGCGGACGGCGAGUCACAACGCGAAGAGGGUGCCCAAGAGGCUGCGCAGGCGGGCGCUGAAGGAGAUGGCGGAGGAUAAUACCCCCGUGGUGCUCUCGAAGCGCAGGAAGCCCAAGACGACGAGGGCGCGAAUCCGGGCGGAGACGGCAAAGAGGUUGGGGAUACUGGCGGAGAAGAAGAGGAGGAGGGCGAUGAAGGCGGAGAAGGCCAAGGCGAAAGACAAGGACGGUGAGGGGGUUGCGGGCAAGACGGGCGAUGACAGACCGAGCAAAGGCGCAAUUACAGUCACGACGAGGCCGCCACGGCCCAAGAUCCGCCGGAACCAGCUCAACGACCCGCCGCAGCGCAAGUCCAAGUUCAGGAAACGACAGAUCAAUAAGACGUGGCUGCCGACGCACCUGUGGCACGCUAAGCGGGCGCGCAUGACGGAGCCCGCGAACCCGCUCUGGCGGUUCGCGAUACCUCUGACUCCCAACGAGAAGACGUAUAGGGCGACGCACCGGUCCCACGGCGACAGGGGCGCCGUCGCCUGGGACACGAGCUACAUGAGCACGAUUGGGCUCUACGGGUCGGCCAAGGGCGUGGAGCAGGUCCUGCGCCGGCUUGGCGUAGCGCAGGAGAGUUGUUGGAACGAGAGGGGGAGGAAGUGGAGGGAGGGCACGCGGCACUGGAGCGGGUUCUUGAGCAGGGAGGUGAAGGGAGGAAGCAGCGGGGGAAGGCGGGAGGUUUGCCCGGCAACGAUUCUCUGGAACCCCCUUGAGCCGGUUGCUGAGGAUGGAGACGAGGCGCAGACGGUCAAGGUCCAGCGACAAGUCUAUGUGAGGGUGCACCCCUCCGCGUUCCUCGAGGUGUUCAACGAGCUCCUUCGGCUCGUGAAGAUGCAGAAUCCCAGGAUGUACAUUGAGGAUCUGCGCUUCGAGAUUGGCAGCAUUGAACUCACCGGCCCCGCUUCGACCGAGGCACUCCUGGGUAUCCUGCACCCAUACCACACGCAAGAAGGGUCCAGACAACAGCACGCAGACAUUUUCAAGGGUCUGAACAGCCUCAUGAGUCCCGCGUCCCUUCCUGUCAACGCCACGCUGGGUUUUUCCAUCAUGGACCCGCGCCUUCGGUACCCGCCAAGAAAAGUCGCGCAGCCCGACCCCGGCGACGAAGAGGAGCAGAACAAGUCCCUAGACUUACUCGCAAAUUGGCCGGUGGACACCAACCUGAAGCCCCACGGCCUCUUCCACAGAGACGCGCGGGCUUCAGCCACGAGACUGCCGUCCCAAAAGUCCAUCGACAGGCGCAAAGGGGCAAGACGUCCCGGUACGGACCUAAGCACCUCGGACGCAGAUCCACCGAUCCCCGUCAUUCUGGUAGCAUCACGAGCGGCCGGAGACAAUAGCAACGGAAAUAGCAGCUCCCAGGGGAACUGGACGGUCCUCGCGCCCUGGCGGUGCAUCCAGCCUUUGUGGCACAGCCUCGUCCACUUCCCACUCAGCUCGGGCGGCAACCCGCGCUUUUCCGGGCUGGAUCAGAUCCGCCAGGUCGCGUUCGAGCGGGCUACGCCGUGUUUCCCGUUUGAUUUCCUCGGCACCGACGCCGGCGCCGCGUGGGAGGUGGAGCAGCGGCGCCUGCGGAAGGCGAGCUGGGAGCGGCGGCCUAAGAGUAAGCGGGUCGCGUGGGCUUCGUUAGAUCUGGGUGCCGGGCGGAAGGGGGAGGUUGGCUGUGGGUGGGCGUGCGAUGUGGAGUUUUUGUUUCGGGAGGAGACGACGAUCAGUGAGGAGAGAAGGCCUGCUGCGCUGGAUGCGGAUGGGAUGGAUGUUGACGAGCCUUCUCCAGCAAAGAAUGAGGAAGCCGCCGCCGCCGCUGGGGACGCCGCGUCCGAGGGGCAGUUCCUCAAGACGCUCCAACAUAUCCGCAAGGACGCCUUCAAGGCAAAAACAUCUUCGUCAUCAUCAGCAACACCAUCCCCAUUCCCGCCGAGAUCCGUCAUCAACGUAAAGAUCUCAAUUCUCAACCGCGGCGUCGCCACCGCUUGCGCGAGAAUCUACCGCCUACCCCCGCGCCCCACGCCCACCGACCCGACCUCCUCCGCCGAAAUCCCCGCCACAGUACCACCUCCCCCGGUGCCGACGACGACAUCCGUCCAAGGCGGUGGCAGCAGCAGCGGUCUACCCCCCAACCUUCGCGCCCAAUGGCUCGCCACCCUCCCCCAAACCAAGCAUCUACCCCUCGAAACCCAAAAACAAAUCCUCGCCCAGAAACUCCUCGCCUCGCCACCUGCCGAGGCACCAUCACGCCUGCCCGCGAAACCGAACCAGACGGACAUGAACGGGCACCACCCGCUGGUCCCCGACGAAAAAGAUCUCCUGGGUUUCGUGACGACGGGGUCGUAUUGUCUCGCUGAGGGGCGGGGCAUGGCGAUUGGGUGUUUAUCUGCCGACAAGGCUGCUGAGGCGGUGAGGGAUGGUGGUGGUAGGGAGGGGACUCUGUGUAUUGUGCGAAAUGCCGGGGAGAGCGUUGGGUGGAUUGCGCGGUGGGAGGUUGUUUGA